AUGUCGACACAACCUCUCGACGGCAAGAAAGCCCUGGAUAUUGGGGACCAGGAAAUAGCGAUUUCUCCGCCUCCCCUCCCCGUACAGUCAGGGGAGCCACCUCUGCAACCAGGCCGACAUCCCUUCUUUCGUACCACCCUCUUCCAGAUCCUCGUCGUGGGAAUAUGCGCAUUCUGCGCGCCUGGCAUCUGGAGCGCCAUGAAUGGACUGGGCGUGGGCGGUUCGCAAAGUCCUGACCUUGUCAACGCGGCCAAUGCCCUUCUGUACGCCUUCAUGACAGUGACCUGUUUUGCAGGGCCCUGGCUGACCAACGUGAUCGGGUUCCGUUGGACGCUCGCUGUGGGAGCAUUGGGCUACCCACUCUACGCGGCCGGGUUGUACGUCAACAACCGUACAGGGGCAACUUGGUUCGUGUACUUUGGUGCCGUGGCUUGUGGUAUCAGUGCAGGGUUUUUCUGGAGUGUCGAAGGUGCCAUUGCCACAGGCUAUCCAGAACAACACAAGCGAGGCCGAUACAUUGCGACCUGGUUCACCUUCCGCAACUUUGGCAACAUCAUUGGGGGAGCCGUGUCCCUCGGGAUAAACCACAAGAUCAACCACCGUGGCAAGGUCGGUUAUCAGACGUACCUUGCCUUUAUCGCCAUUCAAUGUCUGGGCUUCUUCCUCGGCCUACUGCUGUCGAACCCAGAGAAGGUUAUAAGAGAUGAUGGCACUCGCAUCUACGCACCCAGAGGAAUUGCCUGGCGCGUCGAACUGCAGCAGAUGUGGCGUUUGAUCCGGAGCAAGCCGAUUCUUUUACUGACACCACUCUUUUGGUACUUUGGAUGGAUUCAAGCGUAUCCCGGAACAUAUUUGGCGACUUACUUCACUGUGCGGUCUCGGGCACUAGGAAGCUUCAUGUCUGCUGUUGUAGGAACGCUAGCAACUUGGCUCACCGGCUCGCUCGUCGAUCUUCCAUGGACCAAGAGUCGGCAAAGGCGGGCCAUUGCCACAUACACCUUGAUCGCACUGCUAAACAGCGCGACAUGGAUCUGGGCGGUUAUCAUCCAAAACGAAUACCGCCACACGCAGCCAGUGCUUGACUGGGGCAAUCAGCGGACUUUUGGUCGAGGCUUCGGUCUGUACCUGUUCGAGCGCAUCAGCCUUGGGAUGGUAGAGAACUACAUUUACUGGUGCAUCAGUAACCUGUCCGACUCCCCAGGGGACCAGAUUCGAUACAGCUCUCUGCUUCGGGGUAUAGAGACUGCUGGCGUAGCAGUAGGAUUUGGGGUGCAGGCUGUUCCCACCGUGUUGAUUGCCACUGCAAGCAUCAACUGCGGCCUUUGGUUCAUUGCCCUCCCGUUCAGCUACUACGCCACGUUGCAGGUUGUACGCAAAUUCAACAAACUUGAGCAAGAAGGUCGAGCGGCAGUGGUAGUGGAUCAAGAAGUCGCUAGCAAGUAG